AUGAGUAUGGAUCAAUCCGAAGAACUAUCUAAUGACAUCAAUUAUAAAGCCACAUACGCCGCCAAUGUCCACCACCGAAACGACACUAUAUUUAACCAGUCUGCAUAUAACGAUACCUGGCCUUCUCAUGAACUUUUUUGCAUAUAUGAAUCAUCCUCCGAAGACUUCCUAUCUUCUUCUGUUUUUCAAAUUUGUGUAUAUUUCAUGUAUAGUGCAGUGUUUUUAGUUGCGCUUUUGGGAAACGGAUUAGUGUGUUUCAUUGUUCACACAUCUCCUCGUAUGAAGACGGUCACGAAUUAUUUUAUAGUGAACCUGGCAGUCGGAGAUAUCCUGAUGACGUUGUUCUGUGUGCCGUUUUCUUUCGUGUCAAUGCUUGUGCUGCGAUACUGGCCCUUUGGUGCGGUUAUGUGCAAAGUUGUCAACUUCUCGCAGGCUGUUUCGGUACUAGUCAGCGCAUACACGCUACUCGCCAUAUCAAUUGACAGAUACAUAGUUAUAAUGCGGCCAUUAAAGCCUCGACUUGGGAAAGGUGCAGCUAAAAUGGUCGUCGCUGCUGUUUGGGGAGGAGCCAUUAUAACGGCAGCGCCGAUUCCUAUAGUUUCUCAGCUACAGCGACCUUCGCCUUGGCAUGAGGCAUGUAAAGUCGACAUCUGCAGCGAACAGUGGGCCGAUGGAAAACAAAGCGAGCAUUAUACGUUUGCUUUAUUGACACUGCAAUUUACUUUGCCAUUGACCGCUCUCGUUUACACGUACGGGCGAAUAGCGCAUUUUGUAUGGGGCGGUCGACCACCUGGAGAAGCAGAAAGUGGUCGGGACUCGCGGUUGCAACUCUCCAAAAGGAAAAUGAUCAAAAUGAUGGUCACAGUAGUGGCGGUGUUUGUAGUUUGCUGGUUACCGCUCAAUAUGUUUAUUGUCCUAUGGACAUUGCACGAGGGAGAUGAAGACUGGGCAGUUUGGCCGGGAAUGCCCUACGUUUGGUUCGCGAGCCAUUGGCUGGCUAUGUCACAUUCCUGCUACAACCCAUUAAUAUACUGCUAUAUGAACGCAAAAUAUCGACAUGGGUUUAAACAGGUAUUGAGUGGACUGUUUUGCUUGAAGCUGAAUGAGUCAAAGCGUUCCUGUCAACGAUCUAGUCUGUGUGAGAGGAUACCUCUCUCGGGUGAGUUAAUCAUCUUUCAUUCUUAUUCCUUUUCAUUCUUCGAUCAAUAA